AUGUCAGCCCAAGAAAUAAAUAAACAUGCAGUUCUCCCACCUAUCAUUUGUAGAAGUGACAAGGAUUUUUUGGAAAGUAUGCAAAGAUACAUCAUAACAGAAACAAAAAGAGUGGGCUGUAAUGAGGAAGGACCUGCUGAUGAGUAUUACAUCAUAUACCGAAACGUUUUCGAUAAGGUAAUAGAGUAUGUCACUGCGUACAAAUCCAUUCUUACUUCAAUCAAAAAAGAAUAUGAUGCCUUUAUUGAGACAAUAAAGAAAGGCCGAAGCACUGCAUUUUAUCUUCAUGGAAAGCUAAAAGUUUUGGCAGCAGAGCCAACAGCAUUGGUCUAUCACAGGAAAAGAAUAAUCCAACUCGAAGCAAAAAUGAGGGCUAUUGAAAAUAAUUCUUCAAAGAUUCAAAUGCAAAUAGAGAAAAUGAAACAGCUUAGAGCACAGUAUGACAUAAAAGAAGUAAAAUAUUGUACUUUCUCCAAAGAUCCUUCAAAACCUAUUCCAGGCAUGACACUCCAAGAAUCUGUCAAUCUAGAUGCUCUCACAAAAUACCUGAAACAUCUUGAAGAUAAGUGUACAGAAAUUAAACAAGCUAUGUCGACAAAAUACAUAUCCGUUCAAAGGAAGGCUGAUUUGGAUGAGGAAAUGCUUGUGUUAUUAAAACGGAGAGAUGUAGCUGAAAGUCUGAACAAAGAGUUACUAUUUCACUAUCAAAGGAUUCAGAUUGUUUCACAUGCACUUACUUCAUGGGUAAAAUCGGAGAUGAGCGGCUCAUUCCAAGACUUUGUGGACCAAAUUCAGGGAACCAAAGAUUUACACGGUGACCAAGGCGUUUUUGAGGAAUUUCUUGAAGAUGAUCCAAGCAAGGCAAAAGAAGCUGAAAUUUUGCUUUACUAUAUUGAAAGGUUCAAUGAAUUGAUCGCAUUUGGUGAAUAUGGAAAGGCAGCUCAUUUUGCAGCCAACAGUCCUAGAAGAAUUCUUCGAAACAUUGGUACAAUGACUAAGUUUAAGGCUGUUGGAAAAAUUAGAGGAAAGCCUCUUCCAUUACUGUUGUUUUUUGAGGCGCUCUUUAACACAAGCCAUGCUUUUAGACGUCCUAUUGAUUCACUUCUAACCCUGGAAGGCAUUAAGUGUGGAUUAUCUGAAAAACGGUUAGAUUUAGUUACACAUUGGAUCACCCAGGAAAGGCUGACAUUUUCUGAGGAGGCUGGUGAUGCGAUUUUUGAUUAUGGUGAACAGGAUGCUUAUAACAAAACCAAAUGUGUGACUUUAGCUCAAAUUAUCUACAAUGAAUGUGGCCUGCACAAGAAAGUUCUUCUUUGUAUGUGUAAACUUGGUCAGAUUCAUGCGGCCAUGGAAUACAUACAAGAAUACAAGGACUUUACUUCUAAUGACUUGUUGCAGCUCAUAAAGUUAUGUCCUCAGGUUGAAUUAAUUCAAUGUCUCACUAAAGAAUGGAAUGGGAAGCCACCAUCUUUAUCUUUGGGUCUUGCCAUACUUCAUCUCUUCUCUGUAGAUAUGAAGAAAGUUGGCAUUAAGCUUCUUCAAGAAAUAAAUAAAGGUGGGAAAGUUAUAUAGAGACAUCUUAUGAUAAGUGAUCCACUGUGCUCCCUAGAAAGGUGGCAAGAACUGGCAAAUAUAUGUUUACAGCAUGGCUUUGACAAAUUGUCUAAUGAGAUCAUGUCCUUUCUUCGAUCUCAGGCUGGAGUUACAGAAAUUUCUGAAGAGGAGGAUACUGUCAACUUAAUGGAACAUGUUUUGUGGUAG